UGCCCACUUUUGCCCUCCGCUCGCUGCCGGGGAAGACGCGUGAACUUGAACGCUGCCUUCACAGCUCGGUGUGAGUCCAGGCAGCGGACAGGCGCUCUUCUCAGCCGUUUGGGUUUCGGUCAACUUGUCGGAGAAGACGGACUUUGGUUUUGGAGGGUUUUGUUGUUUGGGACCCCGAGAACGUGCCAGAGGCUCGACGCGAUGUCCAGGCGCAAACUUGGAAGCAGACCGCAGCACCUGAGUGCAAUUCAAGGAAAUAUUUAAAGAAGGGCUCAUAUUCCUGCCAUGUUUGUGUGGACUGUUGUUGCAGUCGUGCUCAUACAGGAAGGACCGGUUUCUUUGCACGCUGUUUUCAGACUCUACAGGUCCGAACACGAUGAUUAAUAUAUCCAGAUGUCACUGAAAUGGCGAAUGGCACCACCUGCUCAGGCGACCGGCCUCCUCCUGCACCACAGGUCCGAGCUCCUGGUGAGGGUCGUGACCUCUUGACCUGUGGCCAGUGCAGCCGGGCCUUCCCCCUCGCCCACAUCCUGGCAUUCAUCCAGCACAAACAGGGGUGCUGCCGCUCCCGAAACCAAGCCCCAAAUGCCAAUGCCACGCCCCCCUCACCUGCCAACCAGGCGCAGCAGUACAUCGCCAACUCCGAGCUUGGACCGGCCUUCAUCGAGUUGAGGAGAGGGGCCAGAGCCUUGGGGGAGGAGCCCGACGUGAAAGUGAAGGCCGAGCAUGGCAAAGCAGUGACUGUGGAGCCCUCCUACUUCACCUGCCAGCAGUGUGAAGCUGUGUUUCCAUCUGCAUGGGCGCUCUUACAGCAUGCUCAGCACACCCACUCAUUCAGCAUCUACCAAGAGGAUGAGGACGAAGACACAGACAUGAGAGGAGGAGGAAGAAGAGGAGGGCUUAAAGAGCACAAGUCCACUACAGCCACUCUGGACCCUCGCCACCUGAGCCAAGCCCUUGCCUCUGCCUUUCAGCCCUCCACCCUGCGCCUCAGUCGCUCCCAUCAGACACACACCACUUCCACCUCCUCCUCCAGUAACAUGCAGGCUCUGAACUUUUCAGUGCGGCUCAGGGAGCUCGCCGAGGGGAAUAACAACCACACCAGCAGCUCCCCCGGAGGCCUGAUGCUGUCUCCGUCCUCUUCUCCACCAGCAGCUUCUCCCUUUUCUCAGACCAGUGCCCUCCAGUCUGACUUUUACUGCGAGCUGUGUGGCCAGAACUUCCAGUCCAUCCACGCCCUGUCCACCCACCGCCGGACUCACUCCUGCAACAGGCCCUAUCACUGCGGAGUGUGCGGGCAAGCCUUCGCCCAGAGUGGCCAGCUGGCCCGGCACAUAAGGGGCCAUCAGAGGGAGGCUGGAGGUGGAGGAAUUGGGUAUGAGUCGGUGGAUAUGGUUGUGAUGGAGGAGGAUGUAGGGAGGCAUGGGAUGAGAGGGGGGUUUCAAAUGCAGCCGGCUGGAAUCCUCAUGGUAAAGGGAACGGUUGGUGCAGAAGUCAGAGCCCAGGGUCGCUCCGAGUUAGACCUGACCCUGCCCAAACACCCAUCCAUAGCUUCAGGCCUGAUGCUGCUGACCUCACAGGUUAGACCACCAGACCGGGAGCUACUGAGGCUGUACCAGCGCCAGAGAGAGGGGGGAGAGCGAGGGGAAGAGGAUGCAGAGAGGCAGGGGGAGCCUCAGCACACAUCACCCUGCGCCAGCCCCUCUGAAGGCUCACUGGAGAGUGGAGAGACGGGGGGCAGUGGUGAGAGCGGCAUCGCUAGUGGCAACUGCACACCCAAACGGCCGGAGAUGGGCGAGAGAGUGCGAGGAGUCGGAGAGUGGGAGAAUGAAAGAGGGGAAAUCAUAGAGAGGGAGACAGAGUGGAGCUCAACCAAAGUCAGUGAGGUUGUGCAGGAGUGGCAGAGGGAGAAUGAGCGGAGGAGUGUAGGAGGAGGUGUCAGCGACGGAGGAAACAACAACAAUACUACUGCUGGUUCAGCUGGUAAGAAGAAGAAAGAUGAAGCUUGCGAGUACUGUGGUAAACAGUUUAGAAAUAGCAGCAACCUGACCGUGCACCGCCGCAGCCACACAGGGGAACGUCCAUACCGCUGCGGCCUCUGCAACUACGCCUGCGCUCAGAGCUCAAAAUUAACGCGCCACAUGAAGACCCACGGCGCUCAGGGAGCCAAGGCUUCCUUUUUGUGCCAGCUGUGCUCGGUACCCUUCACCGUUUACGCAACUCUGGAAAAACACCUGAAGAAAGUCCACGGCCUGAGCCACGCCAGCGUGGGAGCGUACGCACAGGCCAGCGCUGCAGACACGUUGGCUGCCAUAAAAGCUGAGGAAAAAGCAGUAGUGGUGAAAAUGGAGGAGGAUGAAGCCAGUUUGGAUCAGAUAGAAAUGGAGAGGAAAAUUCACAGUGAUGUGGUGAAAAGCAUGGAGCUGGAAGAGAGGGAGUUCCAUGCAGAGUAUGUGGAGAGCGGCCCAGUCAUAGCUGCUGAACUGCCACCUGAGAGCAAAGCGGAGUUGAACUUAGCUUUGACCUCUGCGCCAUGAAAGCUGUUCUCAUUCACUUAUUGACAUUAAAAUAGCACUGUAUAGGAUUUAAGUCGCCCAUUCAAAUACAAAUAAUUAGUCCCAUCAUUGAACGGACAGUCGAGUAAAACUGAAAUCUAGUUUAAAGAAGAAGAAGCAGCAGCAGUUCCGUCCUCUACCAGCGCCGAGGCACACAGCAGCCACAUUGUUCAUGACUGCAACGCUGCUGGUUGAAACUUAAGUGCCUCCAGUUCUUUAGACCACAGAGAGUAAACCAGGCCAUGACAUUCAACAGGGAGAUUACCAGAGCUCUUCAACAGGAAGUGAACCGCCACAGUCCACACAGACACAGGAAACCGAUCACCAUGUUGCAGCGCAGGAUGCAAAAGACGAGUGAUUUAUCUCUGGCGGGCGACUGGACAGGUGGAGACGGAUAUUAACCGUCAGAUAAUAUAGUAAAGGGAUUCUAUUGAAUAAAAAAAGCUUAGAAAUAGAACAAUAUUAAUAUAUCUUCAGCAUCAGCAGACGGAGAAAGGUCAUAUUGUGUUUUCUAGCUGUUGCUGGUUUUCUUUUGAGAAGACCUUUUAAAGACUAGAAAUGUUUAAACAGACACGAGGGUGGAAUUAAUCCAAACACUGUGCGCCUGCAGUUUCUCAGACUCCUCUUUUUAAAGGCGCUUGGUUGUCACAACACUUGUCACUUAUGUAAUGUUUACAGGGCUCCAGGAGCCUGGCAAGGUUGUGCUCCUGAAUUUGUGACAGUAUGUAUGGAUGAUUUUCUGUUUUCUAAUUUUCUAAAUGUGAAUAAGGAGACUUUAAUGUGUCAUCUCCUGAGGUUUUUUCAUGAUUCGUUUCUAUGCAUAAAAAAACCCUGUGAUUUGACCUAGAUGUGACACGGGUGUGUAUUAUUUUCUCUAUUUGUACCUAUUAUUGUGAUGGUAAUUUCUCUAUUUCAUUGUUUACAUUUGUAAAGUGCCGGACUGCUUGAAGCUCGUGCAUGUUUGGCAGCCAAUUUAAAAACAUUUUAGUUGCUUGUGUUUGAAUUAUUCCUAAUUUAUGGAUGCUGCAUGUUGGGAAUUGUGUAACUGCUGAACUACAGGGUUGAGAGGUGCUGGAGUAGCCAGUUGAUUGGUGGAGUUUUGCGGGAAGCACUUGGGUGAGUUUGCAUGAAUGUCUUUGUUUGUUUGUACAUAUUGAGGGGAGGGGGGUGACACUUCUACUUGAACCCUCUGUCCUGUGAUCUUGUGUCCAGAGCAUGACUCCGCAGGUCAUAAUCACUGCGUCAUGCUUUUGGCAGGUGUGUCACCGACGAGGCUUUAAGAAACACAAGUUAAGGGAGAGGAACCCAAGAAACAGGUCAACGUUGUCGGGGAGAGUGCUGCAAACGUUUUAGUGACUACUGUGAUGACUUUGUGUGAUCAUAUCUGAUGAUCUUGCAUUCAUGUCAGGGACAUUCUUGUGUGUGUUGUGUAAUGAAUGAUCGUGAACGAGUGCAGUGUAACUGUUCAGGGAUAAUAUUUUGUACAUAGUUUGACAUUCUCGCUGUUGCUAUGCUUAUUGUUGUUGUUAUUAUUAAUAUGAACUGCCUCCACUUUCCAUAGCAUCGUCUCCUUUCCGCUGAACCCCGGGCUUUAUAAAGUUGACACCAUUUUGUAAUUCACCUUCUCAAAAGGAGCCUCAAUAAAGAAUUGAGGUGAAAUA